ACGUACAGAACGGUUCGUCAUCGUUGUGCGCCACUCUCUUCGGUUACCCUGGCAACGGGACGCUUUAACUUUACACAACAUGACAUCCACUGUACAUUUAGAGAUCGUCGGUCUGCUAAACAAACAUAAUUUUCAAAUAGCCAAAAGUAUUGCGGAGGGUUUGAAAAAUAAAUUCCCGGAGUCAUUUGAUAAUCCAACAGUUCGCCCGCUUCUUGAAUGUGACUGGCAUGACUAUUUAGCUAACAAAAAGAAGGAGCUGAGAGGAGAUGUUUGGCAGUACACCGGCUGUCUAAUGUCCUUCGCAAACGGUCAGUUGCUCGGUGAUGAGAGGAAACUGUCCAGCUGGGCAGACAAAGAGUGGAAGUUUUCUUUCCAUCGACCACAGGCGCUUUAUAUGGCCCUGGCUGAGGAGUAUUACACCAGCAACCUGCGAAACACAGGGCAUAUUUUUGUUUAUAUGGAUAUUGAAAGCGGUGGAGAGGCAUUUGGCAGGCUGUUGUUUGAGCUGUUCUCAGACGUGUGUCCAAAGACGUGCAGGAACUUCAAGGCCCUGUGCACUGGAGAAGCAGGUUUGUCCAAGAGUAACCUUGAGUUGAGCUACAAGGGCUCAAUUUUCCACAGAGUUGUGCCAAAUGGCUGGCUGCAGGGUGGAGAUAUUUCACCUGGAAGGAAAGGCACUCGGGGAGAGUCUAUCUAUGGUCCAACAUUUGAGGAUGAGAGUUUUGUCAUAUCCCACAACAAGCGUGGCAUCCUGGGAAUGGCUAACCAAGGUGCUCAUAGCAACGGCUCUCAGUUCUACAUCACACUACAGCCAGCGUCCUGGAUGGACUACAAAUAUGUGGCUUUUGGGCAACUCGUUGAAGGCACAGCAGUUCUAAAGAGACUAGAGGCAGUGCCCACCUACAACGAACGGCCCAAACAGGACUGCAAAAUAGAAGCAUGUGGAAUAUUUGAGCCCUGAGUUUUCACAUACAUAUAGGUCAUGAAAGCAAUAUAAAAGGAGAAGCAUUUUUAAUAACCCUUUUUAAUAUGUGUGGAAAUGACUUUGUGCUCAUCUAUAAAGUGCACGUUUUUCAAUGGUCCACUAAUAUUUUGCCAUAUUGCCAAUAUUUCAGCAUACACGUUUAAUAAAUAAAGUAUCCAAAAAUUAAAA